AUGUGCCAUUUCAAAGUUGUCAAAUACAGCGGCUGCGGCUGCGAGCUCAAGCUUGUUAUGGCUUGCUGCUCACAGGGAGAUGGUGCUGGCAACUGCAGCGGAGCAUCAAGAUACGAGAGGGUACUCCAGGCUGGUGUCUGUGGACGUGCAAAUUGCAGCUACUACGAGUACCAACGUCCCAGCGGAAGAUGGGCUUCAGGGAACUCGAGCACCACCCCAGAUAUCAAUAUCGAUUUCAACAACUUUGGCGUCCACCCCAAAGGUCCUAAUCCUUCACCUGCUGCUCCCAAACCUACUCCGGAAAUACCAAUGCCUACCGCUCCCAAACCAUACUUGUACGAUAUGAGUGAGUGCCGCAACUAUUCUCAAGGCCCUUACACCUCGAUCGAUGAUAGCGCAGCUUAUGACUUCACCUUGGAGCUUGAAUAA